UUUUCUGCUUUUCUGCCAGCAAUUUUCAUGGAAUUAUCUUUAUUUUCCCUUUAUUAUGCUAACUAAACAGCCCAAUCCGACUUAUAAACGAUUUAUCGGUACAACUCUAAAGGCUGUUUUUAUCGCAGAAGCAUUUGGUAUUGCAGUUUCUUACGGAUUGUGGUACAAGCUGAAUACCGAGAGGGAUUUCCGCUUGUACAUGUACAAGAACUACAACUUAGUUCUAGAAGGCUAUUAUCAACUCGGUGAGAGAAUUGCCGACCACAAGACGCGAGAGCUGGACCUGAAAGUUUGGACUAACGAAGGGAAAAUAUAA